CUGAGCUUGAGAUGCGGUUAUGACCGUGACUUAGGACCUGUUCUUCUGGCUCUCCUUUCGCGGGGCAGAGGAGAACUCUGCCACAGUUGGGUCCUGCCUUCGAGCUGAGGAGGCCUCAUUCCCGGAUCAGGCCUGACCGGGAUAAGUCCCAGAGCCGUUGGCUGUAGAAGACCUUCAUGAUUGGCUUCCUAUACAAAUCUAGUUUCCUGAUUCUACUUGAUAUCCUAGUUUCAUGGAUUUAUUGAUGUGACCUUCCACGCCCAUAACGAACCAACUGGCUAGUCUUCUCCCUUUUCUUGAGGGUUAAUUAGGUGCCCUGGAUAUGCUGCUCUUCUUCGUUGUGGGACUGUUUGUCCAUAUCGUGUUCUUCGCCUCCAUCUUCGACAUUUACUUUACGUCUCCUCUGGUCCAUGGGAUGACCCCCCAGUUCACGCCGCUGCCCCCUCCAGCGCGGAGACUGGUGCUCAUCAUCGCCGAUGGGCUGCGCGCAGACACACUUCACGAAUUCGAUGAGGACGGAAGUCCGAGAGCACCAUUUAUUAGGAAUGUCGUGAUGCAGGAAGGCAGCUGGGGCGUCUCUCACACGCGCGUACCAACGGAGUCUCGGCCGGGCCAUGUGGCCGUGAUAGCUGGGUUUUAUGAAGAUGUCAGCGCAGUUGCCAAAGGAUGGAAAGAAAACCCUGUAGAAUUUGACUCUCUCUUCAAUGAGAGCAGGUACACGUGGAGCUGGGGAAGCCCGGAUAUCCUGUCUAUGUUUGCCAAAGGUGCUACAGGAAACCAUGUUUUUACAUAUAGUUAUGACGCUGACAGUGAGGAUUUUGGUGCCCAGGAUAUAUCAAAACUGGAUACGUGGGUUUUUGAUCAUGUUAAGGAAUUCUUUCAUGCUGCCAGAAACAACCAAUCUUUGUAUUCUCAACUAAACGAAGAGAAAGUCGUUUUUUUCUUACACUUACUAGGAUUAGAUACAAAUGGACAUGCUCACCGACCAACAUCAAGGGAAUAUAAGGACAAUAUUAAAAUAGUUGAUGAAGGAGUCAAAGAGCUUGUGUCCCUGUUUAAAGAGUUUUAUGGAAACGAUGAGAAAACGGCAUUUAUCUUCACCUCGGACCACGGAAUGACAGACUGGGGUUCCCAUGGGGCUGGCCACCCUUCAGAGACCUUGACUCCUUUCGUCGCGUGGGGGGCUGGAAUUAAGUCUCCCCAAAGAGUGGCGGCUCAGCGGUUUAAUGACACACUUCUGAAAGAGUGGAAGCUGGAACACUACAAGAGGCAAGACAUCAAUCAGGCCGACGUAGCGCCGCUGAUGGCCUCUCUCAUCGGGGUCCCCUUCCCCCUGAAUUCAGUGGGCGUCCUCCCCGUGGGCUACCUCAACAGCACGGGCGCCUUCAGAGCCGAGAGCAUGUUCACGAACGCAGUGCAGAUCCUGGAGCAGUUCAAGGUGAAAAUGUCUCAGAAAAAAGAAGUGACUUUACCAUUUUUGUUUACACCAUUUAAGUUGCUUUCUGAUUCUAAACAGUUUGACAUUUUAAGAAAAGCAAGAUCUUACAUAAAACAGAGAGAGUUUGAUGAAGCUGUCUUGCUUUGCAAGGAGCUGAUUGAUCUCGCAUUGAAAGGAUUGUCUUACUAUCACACUUACGACAGAUUUUUUUUGGGCACCAAUGUGCUGCUUGGUUUUGUGGGAUGGGCGUCUUACGCGUGCCUGUUGACCGUCAAGUCUCACUCCGGCCUUACCGGGCGUGCUGGUACACCCGUGAAGAAACCAGGCUGUCUCCUGCCAUGUGGUUUUGUGGCUGUUGGCAUUUUAAUGGCGUUUUUCCUGCUGGUCCAAGCCUGCCCGUGGACUUACUACGUGUACUGCCUGCUGCCAGUGCCCAUCUGGUAUGCGGUUGCGAGAGAAUACCAAGUUAUUCAAGACUUUGUCACAGCACUGUUGACCUUGCCCCUGAGUCACCUCGUUGGAUACCUGUUAGCCUGUACCCUGGGAAUUGAAGUAUUAGUGCUCAGUUUUUUCUACCGCCACAUGCUUACCGUCGGACUUCUCGUGUUUGCGGGUUGGCCGUUUAUCUCUCCGCUGUGGACUCGAGCAAAGAGCAUCUCGCUGAGCUGGAUUUUCUUCUGCCUGCUCCUGGCAGUGUUCCCGCUGAUGCCUGUGGUAGGGCGGGAGCCAGACGUCUUUCUCGUGAUGUGCGCCGGCCUGCUGCUGCUGCUGCUGUCCCUGUUUGUCGGAACAUCUCUCAUAAAGAGGAAAGACGGUUUUGUGAAUGAAAAGCUGUGGUUACAUCUAUCACAGAUGCUGAGCACGGCGCUCGCCAUGUACGUUGUGUACAGCACCUACAAUAGUCUGCUGCAGAAACAAGGACUUCCUCUCGCCAACCAGGUUGCCAGCUGGGCGAUAUUAGCCUCCUCCUUCGUCCUGCCCCUGCUGAGCCCCAGGGGCCUCCCAGAGCGGUUGUUCAGCAUACUCCUCUCCUGGAUGUCGACCUACCUCCUCCUGAGCACGGGGUAUGAAGCUCUCUUCCCAUUGGUGUUGUCGUGUUUGAUGUUUGUCUGGAUACACAUGGAACAAGAAAGCCUACAACAAUCUGGUGUUGCCUGUAAGCCGAAGGUCAGCAGCCUCCGGUUCUGUGGCAGCGCGGACGUGGCCCAGUGUCGGCAGCUCCGUCUGGACGACAUCCGCAGGGCCUUUUUCCUCGUUUUCUUCUUAGUGACAGCAUUUUUUGGAACUGGAAAUAUAGCUUCUAUUAACAGCUUUGAUCUUGCCUCUGUCUACUGUUUUCUGACCGUGUUCAAUCCUUUCAUUAUGGGAGCUCUGAUGUUGUGGAAGCAUCAGCCACUACGUGAUUGUCAUGUCCAUGACCACUGUCCUCAUGUUCCUCAACGCCCUGGCCCAGCAGCUCACGACCAGAAAACUCAGACUGUGUGGCAAACCCAAAAGCCACCUCAUCUGAUGGCGCUGAAGCCGCCCUCCAGCAUCUGGACCCUGCCUGUCCGUGUCCUCUCCCGCUGGAGGCUCGCCGAGGACGCAGCAGCAGGACGGGAACUGCCGUGCGCCGUGCUCCGCUCCUGCAAAGACAAUCGCAUGUGGAAGCAGGAGCUCACGGGUUGUCUGGAAUAAAGGAGCUUCCGUUUUCUUUCGCUUCUGCGUGCACCGGGGAGUGAUGGUGUCUGCGGGAAAGCUCUCUCCGUUUUCAUUUUGCCCUGAGCUGGCAGCCCUCCUCCCUGACGUUUCUGAGCACCUGCCACAAUCACCCCCAACUGCGCGGCUCCCUGUGUGCGCAGAGCAGAAGGCUCCUGGGGGCAUUUCUGGUCACGUUCAAAGUCAAGUGACCAGCUGAACUGGAGGGACGUCCCCAGGUGGCACCGUAAAUCCUUACCAAGUCUCAGGACUGGUUUUGCCAGAGGUUCGGACCACUAAACACUCACUAGAAAGCCCCCCAGGAGGCGUUGUUCAGGUUCACAGAGGCCCCUGGAGAGACACAUGUUUGCAGUUGCUGGUCAUCUUCAGGCCGCAACAUGUAUCUCAGUGCUGUUUCUAGGGUUUUCGUGGCCGGCCACCUACAUGCAGGUUUGACCUUUCCUUUUUUCAUUUCUGGAUUCUCAUGAAAUUUCUGGGAAUACAAAAGUAAAAAAAGCUUGGUAUCUUGUCUGGGAGCAGAAGAAAAACAAAUUAAAAGGAUUCGUUUUAAAAGGACUUUGAGAACCUGCCUCCUGAAAGGUCAGCAUACUUCAGAGAUGUCCUCACGUACUUUUCCACGUAACUCCUCACUCUGUCACGGGAGGAGGGUGUUGGGUGCGUCAUUGAAUCUUACCUUCCCGAGAGCUGCAAAUGUGUUUAAAUUGUACAUUCAGUUUCUGUAACCUCCAUAGCUUCUAUUAGGCAUUGUUUUUACAUAGUUCUUUAUUUUUUUAUUUAUUUUUUAGAAACCAGAGUUUAUUUAGAAAGUUACAGAGGUAAUAGAAGUGAGCCCGCUGAGCUGUGUGGGCUCAGGCAGCCCGAAGGCCUGAAGUCCUCUCAUGAAAUUUCAUUCCUAUUUGUAAACUAAUUCAUAUGGGCAGAAUAUUUGGAAAGUAACUUUUCUUUGACUUUUUCAUCAAGUGACCUUUACCGUCACUAUAGCAUUGGCCUUGUGCCCGGGGCGUGCCCGUGGACUGUGACUGAUGCUCAGCCGCACUGGUCUGAGUCCCACUGCAAAAAAAAAACAAUUGCUUUUGAAUUAGGUUAUAGUAUUUCUAACUCAUGUUAAUGACAUGGAAGCCCUCUGCAAAUGACUACAUUUUUCAGAUUGUCAGGGUAGUGAACAAAUGCAAUUUCUUUUCUUUGCUUUUUAUGUAUGUAUGUAUGUAUGUAUUGUUGACACUAUUACAGAUGUCCCCCAUGUUUUCCCCUCUUACCCUGCAACAAAUACAAUUUACAAGAUUCAAAAAUCAAUUUGGCAGUAUGGACUUUUUAAAUUUCUAUUUAUGAUGAAAUAUAAUUAUAAUUCACUUGUAAUAGUUCUUUGUGGUAUACCAGCAAAAGCAUUAUGGUAUGAAAAAAAAAGAAAGACGUAUCCAUCUCAGUGUGAGACCUCACGCAGCAGUCUGCGACACGAAACAGGUGGGCCGCCGAGAGGCUGCUGUGGCGGGCAGGGACACUGGCGGAGAACCCUUGACCCUGCUCAUCGCCUCAAAGGAUUUGGGGUCAGUUUUUUUCACAAGCCAGAGACAAUGACUUUAGGAAUGCUUUUUUAACUCCCUUUAGAUCAGUUUUGCCUUUCAUCGUUUCCCAAAUUUUCACCCAGAAGAACUGAUGGAUAUUUCAUUACAGCGCUGUCAAAGGUGCCCGGUGCUUUAUCCUUACUUUGCUCCGCAGAUGUUGUUCUGAGUCCGUGCGCGUUUACGGAACCAACGGGUCAGCGCCUGCAGCUGGGGGCCGGCCUUGCCGCUGCGCCCGGGCCCCGCAGAGUCACCUGGACGGCUCGGGGGCCUUCCCUGUUGCUCAGCUCACCAAACACCUUACAGUGUUUUAAAAUGCUUGUUUUUGUAUUGAGUAACAGAAAAAAAAAAUAAAGAGGAUUUAAGUAAAACA